CCGAUCUUAAUUGAAUACAAUUAUCUCACACUGGAUGAUAAUCAAGACAAACGAGCACUGCAAAUUGCUUAAAGUGUCGGUAGCAAAGUUUUCUCCAUUUUAGUUUUCGAGUCACUACACCCACUGAAAUGCUCGGUCCACUGUUUGGAUAAAGAAGAAAGCGAGUGGGUCCUUGGAAGGCCACAGCGGCCAUGGCUGCCACAAAUAAAAUCAUGGGUGAACUAUUUCAGUUGGUUUAGCGAGAAGAGUGCCACAGAUAAACUGACAAAUUGAAAAGCAGCCGUCCCCAGCUGGUAAACUUUAGAGGGACAACGUAUUUCAAUGGGAACUCGCUCUUCUGAUUGCCCUGAACAUUCCAAAGCCCUUAUCAGCGGGCACCAAGAGAUCAAAACCUAUUCUUUCAGAGUUAUUAUGACGAUGGCAGUCUUCGGUUUGGUAGCAGCCUUGUUCUUCGUCAUGGUUUGGGUUUCGAUCACGGGACAUGUAGAUGCAAGUUUAGAGUGCGCACGCCCCCAGUUAAAGCUUAAGGACCCUGUGGUAAUCCUGGUUUCCUCAGAUGGCUUUCGGUUUGGCUAUCAGUACAAAACGCAUACACCCAACAUCCAGAGGCUCAUCUCCAACGGCACCAGUGCAGAGACAGGUAUGAUGCCCGUUUUCCCAACCCUCACUUUUCCAAACCAUUAUUCGAUUGUAACUGGGCUUUAUCCUGCUUGGCAUGGAAUUAUCAACAACUAUUUUAGGGACCCCCAAACAAAUGACACCUUUAAUAUGCAAAACCAUGAGCCCAAAUGGUGGCUGGGAGAGCCUCUCUGGGAGACUGUGACCAAACAUGGGCUGCAGGCUGCUACUUAUUUUUGGCCCGGCUCUGAAGUUGUAAAGGGCCCCUGGAAUUGCCCCAAAAAGUUUUGCCAACAGUAUAAUGGGUCUGUUCCCUUUGAGGAAAGAGUGGAUACUGUGUUGGGUUAUUUUGACCUUAAACCAUCAGAGAUGCCCAGAUUCAUUACCCUUUAUUUUGAAGAUCCCGAUCACCAGGGCCACCAGGUUGGGCCAGAUGAUCCCCAGAUAACCGAGGCAGUUGGUCAUAUUGAUUCCUUAAUGGGGAGACUCAUGAAUGGGCUUGAACAAAGAGGGGUUUUGGAGGAUGUGACUAUUAUCAUGGUGGGAGACCAUGGCAUGGUGGGCACUUGUGAUAAGAAGCUCAUCUUUUUGGAGGAUUUGAGUCCUUGGAUUACAAUUCCUUCCGAUUGGAUACAGUAUUAUAGUCCUCUGCUUUCCAUCAGGCCUCCCCCGGGAGUUUCUCCGUCCAAAGUGGUGGCGAAAAUGAGAGAAGGCUUGAAUUCUGGCAAGGUGAAGAACGGUGAGUAUCUGAAGGUUUAUCUGAAAGAAGAUCUACCAGGUCGGCUUCAUUACUCGAGUAAUGAGAAGAUUCCUCCUAUCAUUGGGCUGGUCGCGGAAGGGUUCAAGAUUGAGCAGGCAAAUUCAAAGAGUCAAGAAUGUGGAGGAGCACAUGGCUAUGAUAAUGCAUUCUUUUCUAUGAGGACAGUUUUCUUUGGCCAUGGUCCUCGUUUUGCAAGGGGGCGAAAGGUGCCAUCUUUUGAGAAUGUUGAGAUUUAUAAUCUCAUCACUUCUAUUCUCGACAUCCCUGGAGCACCUAACAAUGGUUCUCAAUCUUUUGGAAAGUCAGCUCUACUGCCUCCUUUCUCUGUUUGAUCUGGAUUUGCAAUAUCAGAUGUUGCUGUAAAUUGACUAACAAAUCUUCAAGUUUAAGCUGACUAAAUGAUAUUGUAGUAAUAACCAGAAUAUAGAGGUAAUUUCAAUCAGCUCUGUUGAUUCUCUUUCCAAGGAACAAAGUUUAGGGGAAGGACAUAAACUGCUUGUGUUAAAACUACCAAACUGUUAAUAUCUUAGGCGCUUUGGUAAUGAUCAUUUGCAUUAUUGUGAGGAUUUGUUCUU